UAAUGACCGGCUGCGUACAUAGACGCGUAAUUACCGAAGAUUUAAAUCGGAAGGCAUCGAGCGCUAUUGGCGAUUUUUUUUAUUGUUAUAGCAAAUAUUUGGGUUGGUUUUGUUGCCUUCAAGGCCUUGUUCUUUGCUUCGAAGCAGACAGCCAGUUUGCUUCGACCAAGUGCCUUCGCAAGCCGCAGCUGGUCCAGCGGAGCACCCCUGCAGGCCCUCUCGGCCAGCGGAGCGCCCCUGAGUCGGCCCUCUCGGCCAGCGGAGCACCCUCUCCGGCCCUCACGGCCAGCGGAGCACCCCUGCAACGGCCAGCGGAGCACCUCUCCGGCCCUCACGGCCAGCGGAGCACCCCUGCACCGGCUCUCUCGGCCAGCGGAGCACCUCUCCGGCCCUCUCGGCCAGCGGAGCACCUCUCCGGCCCUCACGGCCAGCGGAGCACCCCUGCACCGGCCCUCUCGGCCAGCGGAGCACCUCUCCGGCCCUCACGGCCAGCGGAGCACCCCUGCACCGGCCCUCUCGGCCAGCGGAGCGCCUCUCCGGCCCUCACGGCCAGCGGAGCACCCCUGCACCGGCUCUCUCGGCCAGCGGAGCACCUCUCCGGCCCUCACGGCCAGCGGAGCACCCCUGCAACGGCCAGCGGAGCACCUCUCCGGCCCUCUCGGCCAGCGGAGCACCUCUCCGGCCCUCACGGCCAGCGGAGCACCCCUGCACCGGCCCUCUCGGCCAGCGGAGCACCUCUCCGGCCCUCACGGCCAGCGGAGCACCCCUGCACCGGCCCUCUCGGCCAGCGGAGCGCCUCUACAGGCCACUGCCUGGCCAGCGAAGCGCCUUUAGGUGCCAACUUUAACUCUCUGCCAUCAUCAUCAAAUUGUUUUUGUGAAAUCAUUCUCUAAUCGUCGAUUAAAAGUGUUGUGAAAACCAAAAAGAUGAUUUAAAUUAAAUCAUGCCACUCUUGCAAUUUGAAACAAACAAAAUCUAAUUUACCUGUUAUAAAAAAAAAAAAAAAUGAUCGAAAAGUGUAGCGCUUGAAAAGAAAGCUAGAUUUUAAAUAAAACAAAGCAAAUAAAAUGCAAAUUGCAAGUUUUAAAAAUGUUUGAAAAAGUGUAGCGCUUUCGACCGAAACAAAUUAAAAUUUUACACAUUCAAGUCAAAAUUUAAAUAAAAAAAAAAUAGAAAAUGGAAGUGCAGUUUUGUUAAAACACAG